GAAGAAGGUGUACACCAUGAUGGGCAGGAUGAGCCGCAGUGCCAGGGAGAACUGUUCUGCAGCGCUGGUGGAGCUGCAGGUGGCUUUUGUGAAGAAGCAGCCCGCAGAAGUGAAGAACCUCAUCCGGCUGGUCAAGAUGUGGAAGGCAUCCUGUGUCUGGGAACCUAGCCUGACGUCCUACCCACUGGAACUGCUGUGCAUCCACACCUGGCGCCCCCACAUGAGUGUUGCAGAUGCAUUCGAGGCCGUACUGAGGAAGCUGAGUGACUACAGGAGCAUCUAUACCUACUGGAGCGACAACUACACUGCAGUAAUUGAUCACGAAGAGAUGUUGAGCAAACGCCCCCUGAUCCUGGACCCGGCCAACCCCUACAACAACGUGGCUGACCGCUGUAGGGACUGGGAUGCGGUGGUUGAGGCUGCAGAGGAGACCCUGCAGAAACCGUUCUUCUCUCGCUACUGAGAAUCAUCCUCUCUUUGGCACACUCACAACACAGAGACAAACAAAUGCAUUGUUUGACAACAAAGCGUCCUCAUGAACCAGCAUUUGGUAGUGAUCUUUUUUAAUUUCUAAUAUCUUUUUCCACGAUUUGAAUAAAUCCUGUUCUCUUUUGAUAGCGUCUAAAAGAGCUUAUAGAUCCAAUGUUUUUAUAUGUGUUUUCUGAUGUGACAUCUCUGUGGAAAUUGUGUUCAGAGUGCAGUGAAACAAUGCUGAAUGUUUAGGUGAUUCUAUUCAGUGUAUUGGUUGCAAUACAGGACAUGUAUGUAAUGUAGCCUGACAUUGUAGAUAUGUAUUUUGUUGUGUCUGAGAGGUGUGAAAUGAAGUUACCGUCAGCAAAGUUCAGCACUAGUUUUAAAGGAAUAAGUCCGGAAUUCAAACUACACAGUUAUGUUACCCCCGUUGAACAUCAAAUUAUAUUAUACUUUUCCAAGUCUUUUCUUGUUUGAAUAAGUCAA